UUGUGGCGUUUCUACAGCAUUUCACCCAUACUACUGUGAUUGCUUAAUAUUUUAACCUCGGGACAAAGAGUAGAUACGUUUGUAACAAACAUAUUUGCUUGAUGAACAACUUUUCUUGACUUCUUUUUGGCAGAGAUUUUUUCCAGUACUAAAACGAAGGCGGAAGUGGUUGGAUUGUAUUAUCUUGCUUCGCUUGUUGUUUCUAUCUCCUGCAGCUGACUCUACCAUGGUGGUCUUGAGAGGGAUCCCCUCUGUUUUAUCACCUGAUCUGCUGUAUGCUCUCGCUAAAAUGGGACACGGAGAUGAGCUGGUUCUUGCAGAUGCCAAUUUCCCAUCAUCUUCCAUUUCUGCUUGUGGGCCAACAGAGAUAAGAGCUGAUGGUUUGGGAAUCCCACAGCUUUUGGAGGCCAUAUUAAAGUUGUUGCCCCUGGACACCUACGUCCCUUGUCCGGCGGCUGUCAUGGAUCUGGUAGAUGGUGACAAAGAGAGACGUUUAUCUGUUCCUGUGUGGGAGACUUACACACAGCUCCUGGGCAGUGCCGGCUGUCAGAGUCCUCUUGAGAAGGUGGAACGAUUUGCUUUCUACGAGCGAGCCAAGAAGGCUUAUGCUGUUGUGGCAACAGGGGAAACUGCUCUGUACGGUAACCUGAUACUGAAGAAGGGAGUCAUUCCUGCUGAGCUGCUACAGUGAUACACAGAUAUUUUGAUCUGAUGGUAACUUACAAGUACAGAACAGUUUUUUUUCAGCUUUUAAUUUCCAUUGCACAGACUCUGGUUAGUGACAUCAGUCACUAAUUAAUUAUUUCUUGCCAUAUUAAAUUAGGCCAGUCACUAUCAACAGAGACCUGUGGCCCUCAAUAGGAAGAAGCAGGUUCAUUUUUAUUAAUGAUGUCUUGAUUUAGAAACCAUGUACGAGACAUGUAUGGCUUUGUUCUUAUCUUCAUUUCUAAUGAAUAAACAACUGUUAUUUUAUUGGCAUUUGGUCAAUUAUAAAAUUAUUUAUAGCAUAAUGGUAGCACAAAGGUGAACAGCAAAAAAUUAGAUGUUCAAAUGCUAUCAAUUGUAUGGCAAUCUAUAUCAAAAUUAAAUCCCAUUUGUGAUGUUAGUCUAAAUGUUGGAAGUAUUUUUGAACAAACCUGAUUUUCAGUUUUUCACAGCUUCCCUCCAGAAACUGUUGAAUGAAACCACCCUUUGUUAAUCUUAUAGUAAAUACAGUUUGAUUUCUCUCCAGCUUUUAUGAUCUUCUGUGGUGUUCAUAUGCUCCCAUAAAUAAAACAUGACAUCUCUGACUUGGUUAAAACUGUCUUU